AUGGCGCUCCUGGGCGGUGUGGAGGAGGCCUCGGGCGGAGACCACGGCGAGCUGGUUCUGCGCAUGCUGCAGACGCUGUAUUCCAGCUCAGACUCGCAUGCGCGCCGGCAGGCGGACGUCUGGCUGCGGCAGUGGCAGAAGUCCGCGGAGGCGUGGGAGAUCGCGAUGGAGAUGCUCGUUCGCUACUCGCAGCUGCUGUCCGCGCCGGGUUCCGCCUCGGAGCUCUUCAGCGACGAGGCUGUCUACUUCCUCUGUCAGACCCUCCGCACGAAGACUAUGUUCGACUUCCAUCAGCUGCCGCUCACCUCUCACGAGGCGCUGUGCUCGCAGGUGCUGCGGCUGCUUCAGGUCUUCGCCACGGACGCGGAGAGGGCGCCCUGCGCCGACGCGGCGGCGUCUUCUGCUUCUUCGGCGUCUGCGGCUGUCAGCCGUCGCCACCGCGCGGCGUCCACGCAGCUGUCACUCUGUCUGGCGGAUUUGGCGCUGCAGACUGCAGACCAUUGGCUGAACCCGGUGCAGGUCAUUCUGCAGGCCUUUCCGCCCGCCCGCGAGGCGACGGCGGCGAGUUUCCAGGCGCAGUCGCUGCUGCUGCUGCUUCUCAGGCACCUGGCGGAGGAGAGCACGAGUCGCCGCGUGAUGGCGGACGAGACCGUCCGCCAGCGGCACCUGGUCAACCUGACCAAGUCCGCGUCGACUGUCAUGCAGACGCUGCUGCAGCUACGGGACCGCGUCCGCGAGCGCCGUCGCGCGCUUGAGGAGGAGGACAGGGCGCGCGUGGCUGGCAGCCAGACUCCCGAGGCGGUCGCGGCGCUCGCGGCCAACAACGCGCUGCUGCGGUCGGUGCUGUCCUGCUGGCGAGUCUGGCUCACCUUCCUCCAGCCCGCCGAGGAGACGCAGGAGACGGCGAGCCGCGCCGACGCGCCGACGCCCCCCCCCGCGGAGACCGACUUGCUGGGGCAACAACACCAGUCGAGCCUCGCACUCGUCUUCUCGGACUGCGUCGAAGUGCUGGCGUGCCAAGAGACCUCCGCCGCGGGUGGCGCGGGAGGCAGCGAGGAGGAGGACCCCAACGAGGCUGCGGCGAACUGCAUUCUGCGGCUGCUCAAAUCGGUCACCUCGUCCAGGCAGACACUCCGCUCGCGCUGCCUGCGCCUGGAGCAAGAGCGGUCGCGUUUCCGGCAGGGCGCGGGCGGCGAUGAGGGCGCGUUUCCAUCCUCCUUCUCCCCGCCGUCUGCGGCCUACUACGCACAGGCGCUGGGCGACUCGGAGGCCGCGCUCAAGAAGGCCGAGGCCUUUGAGCAGCAACUCCUUCAGGAGAUCCUCACGCACUGCGUGGGCUCGCUGCGGGUGCGGCUGCUCGCUGCGCUUCAGCGGCAGGCAGACGACGCGCAGCCCGGCGCGGCGGGCGCGGCCUUCCGCGACGACUACGAGGCGCUUCAGACGCUCACGACGCUCUCGCGGCUCUACGCAGGGGUCGCGGUCUUUCUCAUCCCCGUGAUCCUUCGUCGGAGCCACAAAGACCCGCAGCUGCAGGAGCUAAUUCACCUCCUGAUGCGCAUCUCUGAGGCACCGCGCACGCGCGGCCUGGUUGCCCACGCGCUCGGGGAGAGCCUGCAGAGCCUCGCACAGCACGCCGACGACGACUUGGAAGAGGAGGGCGAAGAGGACGCGCUGCUGGUGAUCGAGGAGUCGAUGCGCUUCUGGAUGAAACUCGCGGAGGCCGCGAGCCGGACGGCGGCCGCGCUGGGCGCGUGUGCGGACUCGGGACUCGUCUCCAAGCCCGCGGGGCGGAAGGCCGACAAAGAGGACACGCCGAGGUUCGACGGCGAGCAGGCGGAAGAGACGCGGCAGUCGCUGGAUGCGCUCAAAGAGGUCUACAGCCACCUCCUCCGCGAGUGUCUGCGGCAGCUGGUCAUGCCGAAGCGCGUGGCGUCCGCGUCGCUCUCUGGCGACUACGACGUGUACCGCCGCGCGCUGCUGGACUGCCUGGAGGACUGCGCGCUGGUGCUGUCUCCCGAGCGCGCGGCGCUCUUCGCCGUCGAGCACCUGCAUCAAACCCGCCAGCGCCAGGAGGAAGAGAGCCGCGCGGCCGCCACAGGCCUCCCCGCCGCACUGCAGCCCAAGCUGCAGCAGAGCCACGAGCGCCUGCUGGAGGGCGCGCUGGUCGCGCUCGCGAAGCUCCUCAGCCUCGUGGGCGACUUCGCCUCGCUGAAGGCGCAUAUGCAGGCGCCGGUCGGCGCGAUCAGCGUCGUUUUGGGCGUCGAGGGCUUUCCGCAUGCACUCGAGCUCCUCCACACGACGAUCUACGCCCGACUCGCCGCGAUAGACGUCCUGAAGCAGCUCUUUCAGCACCUCUUGGACGACCCCGGCGCCCUGCAGCACGCACUGCAAAUGCUUGUGCGGCAGCUGCUCGCCGCGCAGCCGGCCCGUGACGAGGCCGCCGGAGGGAGCGCGCGCGAUAGCGAAGAGCGCCAAACGAUGAUUCAAAGCCUGCAUCUUCACGCCGCGCGCGCCGUCUGCCAGCUGUGCACCGCCGCGACGGCGAACGUGAUCGCGUCGCCGACAGUCAACGAGCUCGUCAGCCUCACGAAGGCGCUCGCGAACGCCAAGGCGGAUGAAGACGUGCAAAUGUUCGUCUUGGAGGGCGUUUCCGCGGUAGCCAGCAAGAUUACUGACACUGCCGCAUUUCUCAGUGUUUUGGAGGCCCUCUGCGAGCCCUCCAUUGGCGGCCUGCAACAGACGGAGAGCGACGAGCAUGCGAUUUGCUGGCAGCUGGACUGCCUCGCUGUGAUUCUGAGAGACGCCGUCUGCCCGGGGACAGCUGCGGCGGAGCCCUCUGAGCGGCACCUGCGCGUGGCAACGUUCCUCACCUCCUCGCUUUGGCCGCUUCUUAGUGCGCAGCUCGACCACCACGCGGCGCAGCAGCGCAUCGUUGAGAAGUCGCUCCGCUGCCUCAAGCACGCUGUGCGCUGCGCGGGCGACCUCUUCAAGCCGCAGCUGCCUGGUCUGCUCACGCUGCUGCAAAAAAACGCGCAAAGUCGCCUGCACUGCACCUACCUUUACGCGGCCGAGUGGCUCGCGAUGCAGUUCGCCAAGGACGAACAGUACCAGCAAGUCCUUAUGCAUCUCUUUCAGCAGCUCAGCCGCCAGGCUCUCCAGGCGAUCCAGGAGCAGGCUGGAAACGUCGACGCAUGCAGCGAUUUAGUCGAGGACUGCUACGGAAUGAUCAACCGGUACAUUCGGCACUGUCCUCUGCUUGUUAGCCUCUCGCCAGACACUGUCCAGCAGGCGCUGGUAGUGGCUCGCUCGGCGAUGUACGUCCAGCAGCGAGAAGCGGCUCAAGUCGUCUUCAUCUUCCUCGACUCCUGCGCCUUCUUCUGCGACGAACAUCGACCUGUCGAGCCUCUUUCAAACGCCGUCGGAUCCCUGGCCUUGGAGCACUUGCCGGCGCUCGUCGAAGAGGCCUUCCGGCUGUUGAUGGAGGCUCCGCCGAGCUACGUAGUCGCCUUGGUCGAGGGAUUCAUCACCACCGUCGCGCAGGUCUUCGGAAACAGAUCCGUGCAGUGGCUCGCGCGUGGCCUCUCUGGCUUGCCGCCUUCGGUGCUUCCGAGCGAGGCGAUGAAGACGCAGUUGCUGGCGAAGCUCAGUCGACCGGAGACAGGCGGCGUUUGCGAGGCUGUCGAGGACUUGGCAUACAGGUGCGAGCAGGUGUGUCUGCGGAAUCGAGCUUGA